AGCGAGGAUAUCUCCGCCAACCCCUUCAAACCUAGUAGCCCAAAGUCCAAGAAAUCCGAGUCUACCCAGAAGACUUCCUCGAAGGUUAUUCCCGACAUGAAGGCGGAUGCUGUUUCUGGCUCGGGCUUCACGACUCUGACUGUGCACAGUAUCAUCCCGGUGCAUACUGGUAUUCUUCCCGUCAUCCCGUCUGCAACGCCCUUGGCCAAUGGUAUCGAGCGUACUCCAGGCUUCUCGCCGCUGCCUACCUCCGUAGUUGCUGCUGGCCUCACGUCAACGCUGACUGCUGUCGCUACACAUGGAGUAUCAAAUGACGCGCAGUCCGGUCAGCCCGCUUCUACGCCGCCAGGGCACAUUUCUACCGUCAUCAUAGUCCUUGUGGCCGUCGGCGGAACGUUCUUCCUCCUACUGGUGUUCAUAAUCUGGAGAGCUUGUACGAUUCCCAAGAAGCGGUACUGCCCUACGCCAUCUCUUCCGAUUCUGCAGGACCCUUUCGCUGAUCAAGUUGUCGUCGGUGACGAAGAAUCGCUUUUCGGCGGCAAAGAGCGGCUCUCCGGGCAACCUCCAAGCAGCACUGUGUGGAACUGGACGCACUACUCUCACCCCUCGCUCUCCAAGGGUCCCUUCCUUCGAACAUGGGACAGGGUAGCGAUGUGGUCAUUGCUUCGGAGAAGAUCGCAAACCAAACCCAGGCGACUAUCAGGCCAUCCUUGGACCGUUACCCUGUCGAGAUGUCGGAGAAGGCGUCGUAUGGCACCGCCUACCUGAAGCCGCCUGUUGUCGCACCGGUGAUGAACAACGCAACGCGCGCAGUGAGACGCAAGUCAAUUGCGUCUCCGUCAAUCUAUCCAGGGACUCCUCAGUCGACUUACGGCAUCGCGGUCGGGAGUGCUUCACCACUGACUGCCGAUGGGACGCCUCUCUUACAACGUAACGUUUCCAAAGCUUCUACGCGGCGGCGAUCACGUCAAGACGGAGUUUGCAGUACGCCUCGCUGGACAAGACGGGAGAAACCGAGGAUUACAGCGGUGCAGAUAUCUAUGAUGGUCUUCGC